AAUGACUUUAUUGUAACUCUGUAGUCAACUCUGUUUUUCAAGCAUCUUAUUCAAUUAAGAAACUGCAAAUAGCUCUUUACUUUCGCUAAAUACUUCCUUAAUUUGUUGCUAUAACGAAGCUGUUUGCUUCAAUCUUCUGUCUUUCAAUACUUUGAGCACGUAUGAGAGAUGGCUUAUGGUGCUCUUUGUUCUCUUGCUCAAAUUCUACGCCAGACCCUAAAUCGUGAUUAUCAAUAUUUGAUUCUUGAUGAGAAGCAGCAAAUUGAAUCACUUGUCGAAAAAGUUACUUCCUUACAAUAGGAUUUUUCUUUACAAAAAAUAACAGAAGAUGAGGAGACAGAUAUCAUGUAUGCAGCAUAUUUUGCCGAAGAUAUCAUUGAAUCCCGCAUCAUAAAACGAUUUCGUACAGAAUCUGCAGGUCAUGAAGACGGGAGCACGGAGAAGAACUUAAUAAGAUCCGAUGUCGUACAGAACGAAUUCUCAUCAAUUUCCACCAGAUCUGGACUUGAAAUUGUGGGAGUGGGUGGAAUCGAGAAACCCUGCACGUUUCAGACCAUAAAUGGCAUUGAACAACUUGCUAGAACUCGCCAAUUCAAGGCAUGGUUUUUAGAUUCUAUUUAUGUUGUAUCACGUGGUAUAACGGCAAUACAGAGGUUGGCAACUUGUGGUACUAAGAUAGUGAUUAUUUCCUUAAUGGGGGCAUCAGAAACCAUGGAGAAGUUGAGGACACGGGGGAUUGAUACCUCACUCUUUGUGGGAGCCAUCACUAUUGAAAGGUUUGAUUUCUUUAGCCUCAAAGUUAUGGUCCAUAUGCACUUGCAUUGUCAAGAUUCAUCAAUAAAGGUUUUUUAUUUUUUUUAAUAUUAUUAUUUUUUUUAUUAAGUUAAUUCCAAAAAGUUGUGGUUGGGAAUUUCUUAUUAAUAAUGAACAAGAACUGGGUUUAUUCAUGUUUUGGCUUGUCAUAUCCAUCUAUUCCAUUAAUUAUUGUUAAUUAAUAUCUGGUUUGCGCAUUCCUAUCGUAUUGCUUUAUAUCAUAAUACCACGAUUGUUUUGCUUGAAGCAAAUAUAAUACCUAUAAAAUGAAACAAUUGUUUCAUGGCACUUAUCGCAAACAGGGUAGAUGGUCCACGGUUUGACCAAGAAGCUGCUAUGUUUUCAAAGGUAUGCCAAAUUUAGAUUUCUUUUUACCAAUAUUACGUUCCAAUUCUUAAUGCAAAGUUUCUCCACCUUUUAUGCAAUAAAGUCAUUUCCUAUGGAAAUAUUUGGCUUUUUGUUGUUGGAUGUCUAGAGUUUAAUAUACAUUGCAUUUUGUCUCUUGACCGCAAACCAAGGUAAGGUUGAUGGGGGUUCCAAGGAGCAAGAGUCCCCGAGUCCAAAAAUUUCGAAAGUGUUUUAAAAGUACUUUAGGAAAUAUGCACAUUUACUAGGUAUGUCUCCUUUUUGUAUAUCAUGGUAAAGCGAAAUAGAGAGAGGUGUGAGUUCAAAUCACAUCGUAAUUCUUCUUUGAUAUGGUAUGAUUCCAAAACGAGAUUUCUUGGACAUAGAUUUGAAAUUGAAAGUGAAUCACCUUAAAGUGUCUUGUUUUCUUAAUUUGCGUUAUUAAUUGCUCUGCAUGAUAGGGAACAUUUGUUCAAUUGAUGGCAUUUGUUGCUUCUACUUCAUAUAUUGUUGGCCUUAUUUCUAGCUAUGGAACAUUAAAUCACUAGAAAAUUGAAAGUAAUCCUUAUUCUUGUUGGAAACCAAAAACAGUUACUUAAGGAUCCACAUAAGAUCUAAUUCUUACGCUAAAAAAGAAGUCCAGUAAAAGAUUCCACAGCCUCUCUUUUCUUUUGCUUUUCCUUUUUUAAUUGUUCUUGAAGAAAUAGAAGUGCUUGACUAAUAAACCUUAAAAAA